CCGGGAGGGCGAGUAGCGGCCCAGCCAGCUCCAGCGCGGACAGAGCCGGACCGCCUGCCGGGGCCUCCAUGAACUUGCCGGCGGAGCGGCGGCGGCGAGGCCGGCCGGAGGACCUCGGCGCCCUUCAGCCCGAGCGCAAACGAGUUUGCAAAAAUUUGGAGACUGUUCAACAGGCAAUCAAUCCCUGCCAUCCAUUAAGCAACUGUUUUACAGAUUACUGGGCUGUGAAGUGGAAUUUGAAGGAGAGUGAUCUCACUGAAUUGUUCAGUCCUCAAAUUAUGAAGGAGAAACAAAGUUAUAUGAUAUUUACGGAUAAUGAAGCCAAAGCUACCGCCCAGCCGUGUCCAAGAUGUAUUGCGGGCGAAUCUGGACACUUGGGUCACAUGAUGGGCUUAUAGAAGAU